AUCCCCUCUAGUCAAUUGGUGUGAACUAUGAUUAACUCUCUAAACUCUAACAACGACACAGUGCCUAACCUGAAAAAACAUUUUCAAGCUAAUGAAUGGUAGCACAAUAGAACAUAAGAAAAAUUAAUUAAUUAAUAAAGGCAUAUACGUCUUAGGAAAAAUCUUGACCGUCUUGACGUCAACGAUGGCAGCUUUAAUGAAAAAACGAGUUUUGGCUGAAUUCAGUCAAAACCAGACGACAAGUCUGGAACCUCCUUUGAAGCGGUUGCGGACACUGCGCCUUUCCUCGAAACCCUCGAGUUCUGAUGGAAGUUCAGCCCUGGCGUAUGUCGAAUGCUUGGAAAAAUGCAAAGGAGGUAACGAUGCCCUACAACUACUCGUUCGGCUCUCGGAUACGCUCUCAGGAAUGUCUUCGGAGGACGUACCAUUAACAGUGAGAAAACUUAUCGAAAGGUUUCACCUGGAGAUAGAGGCGCCAGUGCGUGCAAAGAUCCUGUGGGUACUGGCAGAGCUUGGCCAGGUGACUACUGAGCCGUUGGAAAAGACGAGUAUAAUCGCAGAGAUAUGUCGAUUACUACGCUCAGAGGAGUCCCACAGAGUAAAGAGCCAGGGCCUCUCAACUCUUUUCAAGUUGGGAGAGUUUAACAGAAUUGAGGUACUUAAGGCGGCGAGGGAGCAUCUGCACGACACGUGGCACGGGGUCCAGACUCGAUGCCUAACCAUUAUUGGGAGAUUUCUCAUGCCAACGUCGUCAGACGACACUUUGACAUUGGUGGGAAAUUAUGCGAGAUCCCAGGAUCCGAGGGUGCGAGCUGCAGCUUUCGAGACCACCGCUGAGAUACACACUCAACGAAACUGCAAACUACCCCCGAGUUUUUUCACUGAAGUGUGCAAUGCCCUUCGAGAUGAUUAUGAGAUCGUGAGGAGAGCAGUCCUCAAACUCAUUUGGAUUCUGGGCAAUGAGUAUCCGGAGCACAUAAUCAUUGGUCAGGAUGGUGAGGACAUUAGAAUGAUUGACUGCGCAUUUUCAAAGGUCUGCGAGCUCAUGGGAGACCUUUCACCCAGGGUGAGGGCUUCUGCUAUGUCACUGAUGGGCUCGAUGAAGGGUGUUACCCAGAGAUAUAUUGAACAAGCUCUCGAUAAAAAGCAGAAACGAGUGGAGGACGAGGGCUUGGAAAUGGAGGAGCGAAGUGCAGCCUGUGGGGCCUUCAUUCACGGUCUUGAGGAUGAAUUUCUCGAAGUGAGGACCGCGGCGGUUGAAGCUCUUUGCACUCUCUCCCUCGAGCAGCCAGGCAUCUCCAGGAUCACUCUAGAUUUCAUGGUGGACAUGUUCAACGAUGAGAUUCAAGAUGUGAGAAUUAGAGCGAUUGAGUCCCUUAGAAAGAUGUCAGCUAAUGUGACUCUCCAGGAGGACCAGCUCGAGACAAUUCUCUGCGCGUUGGAGGAUUUUUCAGACGAAGUGAGAGAGGGAUUACACGCGACCUUGGCUGCCAGUAGACUGGCUACCAGAAAUUGCCUUCACAUGUGUGUCAAUCGACUGGUGGAUAAUCUGACGAGAUAUCCACAGGACAAGGACAGUAUCAGAAGUUGCCUGGCAGCUCUGGGUGCCUCUCAUCCCUAUCUCACUCUUCCCCUUGUCCCCCAGCUGUUAGGGAGACAUCCUUUUUUCGAUACCCCAGAGCCAGACGUUGAUGAACCGUCUUACGCUAGUCUUUUGGUGUUAAUUUUUAACGCUGCAUUGCACUGUCCCAGUAUGCAUGCACUCUUCUCUGAGCAUGCUGCCAAGCAUUAUCAUUAUUUGAGGGACACGAUGCCACACUUGGUCCCCAGACUGAGACCCGCUCUGGUAAAUGCACCUGUAGUCAGUAGCCAUGAGAAAGUGGUGGUGGAUGAGGGUGCGAAGGACAGGGAGAGAAGGGGUAGAGAUUUCUUCGAGAGAAUGGCCAAUGGAGUGGAGAAUGCACGGCCCGGUGGCAGGGUUUAUAUCCAGCUGCUAGAGGCUGCUGCUCUCGAUUUAGAUAGACUCGCUGAAAUGGAUAGCACAAUGGAAGGGGCCGCCCACUUCACCUCCUUGUAUAUUCGAUCCCUAUUGCUUCUACAGACUGUUGUCAGAGAGACUGCCGCUGAGGCACCUGGAGAUAUCAGCGCUACGGGUCUUGCAUCCUCUAGCAGCAAUAUUGCUACUCUUCUAAAAUACACUCAACAAUUGCAAAGGCUCUUCACAGGUCUUGAGGAAGCUGAUGUCGCUCUGGCCACUGAUGUCUGGUUAAAGGCCCUCGCUGUUGAACUAAUUAGAGUAACCAAGAGGGCAACAGGUAGUGCUUUACCACUUGCCAAACAUUUUCUCUCCGAGGCUGAUGGUCUACCCCAGGAUACUUCAAGGCUACCACCCUUCUCUAGGCAAUUGGUCAUGGAGAUACCAUCAUUGGGUGAGGCCAAGCCUGGCAGUCUUUCCAGAUUGUUGCUCCCUCUGUUAACGGGGCCUCUACGUAGAGGGGACGAGAGGCUGCCUAGGCCCUCAGCGAGGACUAGACUCUGUCGAGCUCUCAUUGAGGAACCCAGGGGUGACGCCGAUGCUGCUCUUAAAUUCACUGGGGGACUGCUCCUGGGAAUUCCUCUCACUGCCAAAAUCAUAAAUCUCAAAGAUCCCAGCGCGAUUAGAAUCAAACUCAGGCAUCCCGAUCAACAGGUCCAGCUGCUUCUCCCUUGUAAGGCCGAUCUUAAGCCUCAAAAUGCCGCUCAGGGCCGUGAUUACAGACUCAGGACCACUGUUUUAUUGUCUCAUCAGGUCUGGAUGGAGGCGUGCAAUGUCGAAAUUUCUAUAGCCCUUGCUGCACCAUCAACAUUCGCCUGUACUCAUUCACCUAAUGACGAUCCUUGUAUUCUUGAACUUUGUAAACCCACCAAGGUGGCUAUUGCUCCUAAGCCUGUUAAGAGGGCUAUUUAAAUGAGAUUGCAUUAAUAACAUUGGGGUAAUGUGAUCGUUUGUAUUGAUUGAUUUUUACCUUUCGAUUUUAUUUAUUUUUAAAAAAUAAUUGGAAUAAACAUGAGAAUUAUUCUUUGUA